GUUACUGAAAAGGUUAAAGCUAGAGAUCGACCUCGUGCACGCGUACGUACGCAGAAACGGGUCAGGCUGUCACUACGUACCAGCAGCAGCUUAUCAUGAUGCUGAAGCCGGUGUACCGCGUGCCGCAUCCGCUGGCAGGGAACAAGGUCCAGCUGACCGUCUUCGACCGCGCCGCCAUCGACACCUACGUCCCCAUCGCGUUCGCCUACCCUGCCCCGGCGCCGUCCAACGAGGCUCUCAAGGAGGGCCUCCUCCGAGCCAUCGCGCCGUACCCUCACCUGCUAGGGCGCUUCGCCGUCGACGGCCACGGCCGGCGAUUCCUGCACCUCAACAAUGAGGGCGUGCUCGUCAUAGAGGUCGAUGUCCCGGCCGACUUGGCGGACGUGCUGGCAACCGGCGGCGGCAUGACCCCGGUCGUCGCCGGCUUUUACCCUACAGUGCCGGAGGAGAGCGUUGGAGCGGCGCUGCUGCAGGUCAAGCUCAGCCGGUACAGAUGUGGCGGCCUGCUGCUCGGCGUCAUAUCCCACCACCACAUCGCCGACGGCACGGCAGCGAGCUCAUUCUACUGCGCGUGGGCGGCUGCGGUGCGCGAGGGCAAGGACUUCGACGUGCCGUCCCCUUUCAUAGACCGUGCGGCCACGGCCGUGCCCCGCAGCACGCCCAAGCUGGUUUUCGACCACCGGUCCAUCGAGUUCAAGCGCAGUUCCAGCCAGGCCCAUGCCGUUCUACCCAUGGAAAAGAUCAAGAACAUCACCGUGCACUUUCCUGCAGAGUUCAUCGCCGAGCUCAAAUCCCGCGUGGGAGCACGUUGCAGCACGUUCCAGUGCCUGCUGGCGCACGUGUGGAAGAAGGUGACGGCGGCGCGGGGUCUGAGUCCGGACGAGUUCACGCGGGUGAGGGUGGCCAUCAACUGCCGUGGCAGGGCCAGCCCACCCGUGCCAAUGGACUUCUUCGGGAACAUGGUGCUCUGGGCGUUCCCGAGGCUUCAGGUCCGAGACCUGCUGGGGCUGAGCUACGGCGCCGUGGUGGGGGGCAUCCACGAAGCCGUGGCGCGCAUCGACGGCGAGUACAUUCAGUCGUAUGUGGACUUCGGCGGAGUGGCGGACGCCAACGGGGAGGAGCUCGCGGCGACGGCAACCGUCGGGACGAUGCUCUGUCCGGACAUAGAGGUGGACAGCUGGCUUGGGUUCACGGCCCAUCAGCUCGACUUUGGAACCGGACCGCCUUCCGCGUUCCUGCCAUGGUUGCCAGUCGAGGGGAUGAUGGUCUUCGUGCCGUCGCGCACAGCCAAGGGCAGCGUCGACCUCUUCAUGGCCCUCGCGGAGGAUCAUGUCGCCGCCUUCAAUGAGAUUCGCUACUCCCUCGAUCUUCUAUCAUCUAGGAUAUAAGAAUUAAUUUGAGGGUCAUUGGCCGGUUUUAC